GGGCGCGGCCGUCGCGGUCCUUCAGGCGGCUCCCCCCCUCGGCGCGGUCCUCCAGGCGGGCGGCAGCGGGGGCCGGCGGCCCAUGGGCGGGGCGGGGCGGCGGGCGGGGCUGGCUCCCGGCUCCGGCCCUGCCCCGGCCGGGCCGCCGAGGGAGGUCAGUGGGCGCCGCCCGCCGAGCGCAUCCCGCCGGCUCCCACCCGAGCGCUCGCCGCGGUGCACGCUGGGAGCGGGGGCCGGAGCGGCGAGGCCUGGCCGCGCUGACCGGGCGGGCGGCCGAGGCGCCGGCGCGGCGAGCGCCCUGCGUCCCAGCAGCGCCAGGCGAGCAUCCUGCUCAGGUGAUGAGGAACCCUCCGCGCACCCAGCGCAGAACGCCGCUGCCGCUGGACGCCUCCAUUGUUUGACCACAACAAGGGCCGGAUUCUCACCCAGACCUGCAGAUCCAAUAGAGACAUCUCUCUGGGAGAUAAGGGAGCUUCUUCCUCAAGAUCCAGAAAGGAGCCUGGAGUGACCCCUGUGUUGGGAAUCCUCAGAAGGAAGGGCUGACGCGCCUGGAACCCGAGGAGCUCGCUUCCUGGGAGGCUCCUGUCUGAUGUGGAGGAGGCAGAAGGCCACACUGACGCUUCCAGGGCCGGCUACAGGGGAUCGAGACCGACACGCAGUGUCUUGCCGUCUGCUGCAGGGGACGCUGUGCAGUCCUUUUUCUAGAAGUGAGAAGUACGAGAUUAUUCUGCAAGAGGAAGAUUCCAGGGGCUUAAAAACGCAAAGGUUUGCACCUUGGGAGCCCCUUGGAAUGUUGACAACUCAGGAUCUAAGAGAGAGUUCUGUGUUAAUGAGUUACAGAAUUCAUGUGGGAGGAAAUGUCACUUUAUAAUCAAUAAUAAUACUGAGUGAGGAACACUAUGCAGGAAGAAACCUUCUGUAGAAGGACAGGCAGGGAGAAGCUUAGGCCGACCUUAAACCUACCGAUUAGAGCAAGCCUGAGAUAAACUGCUAAAAUGGCCAAAUAAGAGACUCAGCGAAGUAGCAGUCGUGUAACUGUAGCAGUUGUAAGGAAGUUUUCUCCUCUAAAUCACGAUACCAAA